UGUAAAUGAUAGGUUUGAUAUCAAAUUUACCAACUCAGCAACCAGUGUUGUGUGUGUGUGGUUGACCAGCAGUACGGCCAGAGCAGCUGUGUAAGGUGGAGGUUAAACCAGGCUGCUUCCUGCUUGUACCACGAGUGCCAGAAUCUAGUGCAAAAGAGCCAUCAUGUGUCCCCGGUAGCGGAAAUAUCUACGAAUGAAGCACAGAACGCCGAAGAAAACAGAACACCGAAAAUGAGCAUAGAGUACCAAAGACAACAGAGCACCGAAGGCAGCAGAGAGCACAAGGCUUUAAGAUCUGAACAGCAACAUUUCUUAAUUUAAAGUAAGAAACAGCAAACAAAUUCUACAGCCAUGUCAAUGGGAUCUCCGAGCUUGAGGAAGGAGCUGGAGCGGUUCGUUGAUAAACUUGAAGCCACCAGCACCAUCGGCCAUGCCAGCAUCAUCGACCAUACCAGCAAGGAGAUGAUUGAUGAGUGCUUUGAUCUUUCUUCUUUCUUUCACACCUUUAAUCCUACAACGCCCGCUAAAGGUGCGGUGUCGGCAGCCGAUGCUAAAUUACGUUCCGUUAACAUUUCUCAAGGAGAAGCUGUGGACAGUGUUGGCCAUUCGCCUAGUCAGCGUUACUACAGAGAGAGUUCAGCAACAUUGGCCGAUGUCGGUCAAACAAAAGACAAAUUGCCCAUAUUUGUGCUACCAUGGUGGGCCUCAGACUUCCAACAUAAACCAUCUGCUCAACCACUGACGGCUCACCAGUUUCAUCACCAACCAUCUGUACUACCAUUACCGAUCCAACAGUCAUUGCCGGCUCCACUGUCCCAACACCAACCGUCUGCGCUACCAAGGACGGGCCCACUAUCCCAGCAUGAACAACUAUUUGAGUUACUAUCCCAGCCAUCUGCACUCUCAAAAGCUAAACGCUUAGUUAGCAAUAUAAAAAAGAAUGAAGCCAAAGAAAACAUAGAUCCCCAUAUAACUAAUUUUAGUCCAUUAUCAAAUGAAAAAAAUCGAACAGGAAAUGAGUGUGGUAACCAAGGUGGUGACAUCCAACUGAACAAAAAUGCCAGCAUGAAGUUGUACCCCAUCAUUGUUACCAUCCCUUCCAUGAAUGGGUGUAAAGAUAUUCUUGUUAUUGAUGGAGAGGCUCAGAAAACGACCCCUAGGACCUCCAACCCAGCUAAGAUCUGUCCAAAAUGUGGACUCAGAGUGGCUUCGAAAGGUCAUCUCAAGAGGCACUGGACUGCCCAUGGAGCCAACCAGCGUCACAAGUGCUUUUCUUGUGACUGCAGCUUUACUCGAAAGAAGAAAUUGACGAUACAUCUCCACAAGGCUCAUGAUAUUACCCCAGCUCUAAACGAAUGCGAGAUAGUUAGGUUGUCGAAUGAUCUCCACGAGGCUCAUGAUAUUACUCCAGACUCUAAACGAAUGCGAAAAGUUAGGUUGUCGAAUGACCUCCAAGAGGUUUAUGAUAUUACUCCAGCCUCUAAACGAAUGCGGAAAGUUAGGUUGCCGAAUGAUCUCCACGAGACUCAUGAUAUUACUCCAGCCUCUAAACGAAUGCGAAAAGUUAGGUCGUUGAAUGAUCUCCACGAGGCCCAUGAUUUUACUCCACCCUCUAAACGAAUGAAAAAACUUUACUCGAAAGAAGAAAUUGACGAUACACUCCACAAGGCUCAUGAUAUUACCCCAGCUCUAAACGAAUGCGAGAUAGUUAGGUUGUCGAAUGAUCUCCACGAGGCUCAUGAUAUUACUCCAGACUCUAAACGAAUGCGAAAAGUUAGGUUGUCGAAUGACCUCCAAGAGGUUUAUGAUAUUACUCCAGCCUCUAAACGAAUGCGGAAAGUUAGGUUGCCGAAUGAUCUCCACGAGACUCAUGAUAUUACUCCAGCCUCUAAACGAAUGCGAAAAGUUAGGUCGUUGAAUGAUCUCCACGAGGCUCAUGAUAUUACUCCAGCCUCUAAACGAAUGCAAAAAGUUAGGUCGUUGAAUGAUCUCCACGAGGCUCAUAAUAUUACUCCAGCCUCUAAACGAAUACGAAAAGUUAGGUUGUUGAAUGAUCUCCACAAGGUUCAUAAUAUUACUCCAGCCUCUAAACGAAAAAUUUGA